GUGGCCGUGAGGGACAUCACGUACUACAUCUACUGCAGGAACGUGGCCGCGUGGGCGCAGAUAGAGUCGCCUACAGCCGCGCAUGAGAUCACGGAUGUCACUGGGAUCAACGUCCCGGUCAACUACGCAGUCGCGUUGCAGAAGUUCUACCCGUUGCCGACGAGGAUGGCAUUCCCGGUCGAGAGCUUGGUGAGGAGCGUGUGCAUCGGCACGUACAGGCUCAUGUUCGAGGUCAGGUACAUGGACGACGGCCCGGUGGUGGACUACAGGCCGCACAAGACCGUGAUC